UGAUGUCACCUGAAUAAAAGCUUUUUCAGAUUUGUUUUCUGUAGAUGAAUAACCAAUGAUGAUGAGAAAUAUUAGCAUUGAAAUUAGCCAUAAAUGAAAGUUAUGCAAUAGUUUCAGCACAGAACUCACCAUUUGAACUCAGAACAAAUGGCCUGUUUAAUUCUUGUGAUUUAAAAAUUAUAAUUUAAAUCCAGCAAUGACAAGGCCUUAUACUCAUCAAUAUCUAUUUAUAGUUGUACAUAUGAAAAAUCAAUGUUAUAGCUUUUAUUCUCAAUAGUAAACACAAAUGUCUGUUUUUAUAUCAUGCCAGUAUUUCUUUCUUUGGGCACAGCAGUCACAGGUUGCAUGUGCAAUUGCAAAUGGUUCCAAAAUAAAAUGAGAUUAGAUGUCAAUUUCUGAAAAAUAAUCAGCUAAUAAACAUACGUACAACCUCUGGAUUCAUGACGUCACUGUAUAUACUUCUUUGGAGUUACUUGAAGUGUAUUUUCUUGCUUAUAGCCAAAAACAUGCUAAAGCCCCCAAUUCAAGCCAUUAUUAAUCUGGCAGGUCAUCAGAAAAUUCUGUAAGUAUCUAAAAGAGCCUUGACUGGACACAAAAACAGGUUGGGCCAAUCAAAAACAUACAUUAAAACUGAAAUAACAUAAAAAUAACUCCAGAAAGUGAACUUGAAUUAUGUGAAAAGAGUUUUAUAGUGAAGUCCCCAAUCCCCCAAAGGCGUCCCCCAUUGCCAUACCAUUAGGGUACAGGUUUUCUGGAUUGUCAUACUAUCUACGAAAAAUUAAAGUGUCUUGCCAUUUGCUGCAAGGCUGUGCCAAUGAUGCAGUGUCGCGCUCAGCAAUUGUGUUCUGCACAGGAGGAGUUUGAGCCUGCAGGAAGCCAGGCCUUCAUAGAACAGGGAGGGGUCGACCUCACUUACAAAGAGAGUUCCUUCCUGCUCCUGUGAAACGGACAGAGAGGGCUGCCGUUCAGUGGUCCCAUUGUGUCCAUGUACCCGAGUGCGUGUGGACCUGCUGAUCAGCUGAUAACUUAAGGUGUAUUCUGAAAAAUUAAGAAUCAUGAGGUAAAUGGUACAUGAAGCUGGAGUGAGACAGUACUGCCAUGGGAUUAGGAACGAGUCCUCAAGACAGUCCAAGAAAUUUCUCUCCGAGUGCCUCUGCCCAUUUCUCCUUUGCCCGAAGGACUGAUGGGCGACGCUGGUCUCUGGCCUCUCUACCCUCCUCGGGCUAUGGGACCAAUACACCCAGCUCCACUGUCUCUUCGUCCUGUUCAUCACAGGAGAAGCUGCACCAGCUGCCGUACCAGCCCACUGCUGACGAGCUGCACUUCCUGUCCAAACACUUCUGCACUGAGAGCAUCGCCGGGGAAGACAGGAGGAGGGCCACGCCCAUGCGCCCUCGCUCCCGCAGUCUUAGUCCUGGAAGGUCUCCGUCGUGCUGCGAUAAUGAGAUUAUUAUGAUGAAUCAUGUCUACAAAGAGAGAUUUCCGAAGGCCACGGCUCAGAUGGAGGAGAGGAUCCAGGAGAUCAUCCGCACGCAUGCCCCGGACAGCGUGCUCCCGCUGGCCGAUGGGGUGCUCAGCUUCGCCCAUCACCAGAUCAUCGAGCUGGCCCGGGACUGCCUGGAGAAGUCCCGCCACGGCCUCAUCACCUCCCGCUACUUCUGCGAGCUCACCGACAAGCUGGAGCGGCUCUACCAGGAGUCCACCGAGCGGUCAGAGAGUGCGGAGGUGACCUUCAUCAAGGAGCUGGUGAAGAAGAUCCUCAUCGUCAUCGCCAGGCCCGCACGGCUGCUCGAGUGCCUGGAGUUUGAUCCUGAGGAGUUCUAUCACCUCCUGGAGGCAGCGGAGGGUCACGCCAAGGAGGGGCAGGGCAUCAAGACGGACAUCCCGCGUUACAUCAUCAGCCAGCUGGGACUGACCAGAGACCCUCUGGAAGAAAUAGCACAGCUGGCCAGCUAUGACAGUGGGAUAGCAGAAACUCCGGAGACGGACGACUCUUCACAGAGUCUCAGCGCCGCCCUGCGAUCCCGACGCAAGCCCUGCGAAUCAGACUUUGAGAUGAUGAAACUGAUCAGCAAUGGUGCUUAUGGGGCGGUCUACCUGGUGCGGCACAAGGAGACCAAGCAGCGCUUCGCCAUGAAGAAGAUCAACAAGCAGAACCUGAUCCUGAGGAACCAGAUCCAGCAGGCCUUCGUGGAGCGCGACAUCCUCACCUUCGCCGAGAACCCCUUCGUGGUCAGCAUGUACUGCUCCUUCGAGACCCGCAGGCACCUCUGCAUGGUGAUGGAGUAUGUGGAAGGCGGGGACUGUGCCACCCUGCUGAAGAACAUGGGGCCUCUGCCGGUUGACAUGGCCAGGAUGUAUUUCGCUGAGACCGUCUUGGCUCUGGAAUACCUCCAUAAUUAUGGGAUUGUCCACCGGGACCUGAAACCAGACAAUUUGCUGGUCACCUCAAUGGGGCACAUCAAGCUGACAGAUUUCGGACUGUCCAAAGUGGGCCUGAUGAACAUGACCACUAACCUUUAUGAGGGGCACAUCGAGAAAGAUGCCAGGGAGUUUUUAGACAAGCAGGUGUGUGGGACCCCUGAGUACAUCGCCCCCGAGGUGAUCCUGCGGCAGGGCUACGGGAAGCCGGUGGACUGGUGGGCCAUGGGCAUCAUCCUGUACGAGUUCCUGGUGGGCUGCGUGCCCUUCUUCGGAGACACGCCCGAGGAGCUGUUUGGGCAGGUCAUCAGCGAUGAGAUCAAUUGGCCAGAGGGAGAAGACGCCCCGCCCUCUGACUCCCAGGACCUCAUCACCCUGCUGCUGCGACAGAACCCUCUGGAGAGAAUGGGCACAGGUGGGGCCUACGAAGUGAAGCACCACCAGUUCUUCCACAACCUGGACUGGAACAGCUUGCUGCGGCAGAAGGCCGAGUUCAUCCCCCAGCUGGAGUCGGAGGACGACACCAGCUACUUCGACACUCGAUCUGAGCGGUAUCACCACCUGGAGACGGAGGAGGAGGACACCAACGACGAAGACUUCAACGCUGAGCUGCGCCAGUUCUCCUCAUGCUCUCACAGGUUCUCCAAAGUGUACAGCAGCCUGGACCUGUCCCGUGGGCAACUGGAGGAGAAGGGCGAGCAGGAGGAAAAGAGCAAGAGUGGCAGCCCCCUCACGGUGGACUCCCUCAGCUGGACCCCAGAGUUCACCGAAAUGCCCUCCCUGUCCCACUCGUCGGAGGUGGAGAGCGCCAGUCUGAGCCGCCGCUCCGGGCUGCUCCCAAAAUUCGCCAUCUCGGCUGAAGUGGAGGAGGUGGACGGGUCACUGGGCGGGGUGGACUCUGGCAAAGUGGCCUUCACCAUUGGGGAGACGCCUCAGGACGAGCCCGAGGCCACCACGCCCGGCAGCACCCUGAGCGGCUCCACGCUCUCGGUAGGCAGUUUCUCGGAGCACCUGGACCAGCUGCACUCGAGGGGCGAGGGCGUGGAAAGCCCCGACGCCUCCUCCAAGACUUCGGGGGACCUGGGGGCCCCCACCGCCGGCGCCCGAUCCGACGGGGCCGACAAGCAGAGGAUCACCAGCAAAGUGCCCAAAUCCGUGUCGGCCAGCGCCCUCUCCCUCAUGAUCCCGGGAGAUGUGUUUGGGGUGUCCCCUCUGGGCAGCCCAAUGUCCCCCUAUUCUUUGUCCUCGGACCCCUCCUCCAGAGACUCCUCGCCCAGCCGAGACUCCUCCCUGUGCGCGGUCAGCCCCCGGCAGCCCGUCAUCAUCCACAGCUCAGGGAAGAAGUUUGGCUUCACGCUGCGGGCCAUCAGGGUCUAUGCCUGCGACAGCGAUGUCUACACCGUCUACCACAUGGUCUGGAAUGUGGAGGAGGGCGGGCCUGCGCACACAGCUGGGCUGAAGGCUGGUGACCUCAUCACGCACGUUAACGGGGAGCCGGUGCACGGGCUGGUGCACACUGAGGUGGUGGAGCUGCUGCUGAAGAGCGGCAGCAAGGUGGCCAUCUCCACCACACCCUUUGAGAACACCUCCAUUAAAACUGGGCCAGCCCGAAGGAACAGCUACAGGAGCAAAAUGGUGCGAAGGACAAAGAAACCCAAGAAGGAGAAGACACAGGAAAGGCGGAGGUCCCUAUUUCGACGUUUCGCCAUGCAGCCCUCUCCUCUGCUCCACACCAGCCGCAGUUUCUCCUCCCUCAACCGCUCCCUGUCAUCAGGGGAGUCACUCCCAGGGUCGCCCACCCAUAGUCUGUCACCACGCUCUCCCACUGCUGCCUUCCGUUCAACCCCCGACUUCAACCAAUCAGGUGGGACCUCUUCUCAAAGCAGCUCUCCUAGCUCCAGUGCUCCGAAUUCCCCUGCUGGCUCAGGCCACAUCCGUCCCAGCACCCUCCACGGCCUGGGCCCUAAGCUCACGGGACAGAGGCUGAGACAGGGGCGCCGUAAAUCAGCAGGAAGUAUCCCGCUGUCCCCACUGGCUCGCACACCCUCCCCGACCCCCCAGCCUACCUCUCCACAGCGCUCACCCUCCCCGCUCUUGAGCCACAAUGUGGGCAGCUCUAAAACCACCCAGGCCUUCCCAGCCAAAAUGCACUCUCCACCCACCAUUGUGAGGCACAUGGUACGACCCAAGAGCGCCGAGCCACCCCGCUCGCCCCUCCUCAAGAGGGUUCAGUCCGAGGAGAAGCUCUCGCCCUCCUACCCGGGGGACAAGAAGCACCUGUGUGCCCGCAAGCACAGCCUGGAGGUGACACAGGAGGAGGCCCAGGGAGCGCCCACCCCCAAGGAUCACGCCCUGCAGAGUGUGGAGGAGACGUCCUGCGAUGCCCCUACCACCACCCGGGUGCGCCCAGCGGAACAGGGCUGCCUUAAGCGGCCUGUCACCCGGAAGAUCGGUCGGCAGGAGUCCAUCGAUGAACUGGACAAAGAGAAGCUGAAGGCCAAGGUGGUGGUGAAGAAACAGGACUGGACGGAAAGGCGAGAGCCCCUCCAGAAACUGGAGGCCCUUCAGGAGCCUGGGAGCCCUGAAGCAGGCCCCUUAGAUGGAAAGUCUGGCAGCUCCACACUGAAGGAUGCCCUGUACAAGAAGCUGAACACCCGGGCAUGCGAGGGCAUCUUGGAGCCGCCGUGCAGGGGUGGUGACUCUGGGUCCAUGGUAAACGAGGGAGUCAAGACACCGUCCAGUUCAGGCCUGCUGGAUUGGGGCCCACAGAAGGGGGAUAGGCCACUGCCCAGGCAGGGGAAGGAGGCAGGCAAGCCCGAGAGGAUAGAUUUCAAGGCCUCCAAUGUGGAGUUUGCCAGGAAGAGGCAGUCUUUUGAGGAGCGGGAGGACUGCAUGUGCAGGAUCUCCCCUACCAUCCAUGAGGGCCUCCACCUCAGUGCAACAAGGUCUAAGAGCCUUCAGCUGGACUCUGCUCUAGUCAUGGACCAUGUAAAGGGGACAAUGGGUGGAGUCCACACCCCACCCGUCAUUAGCACGGAGGCUCUGGCCCCCAAGCUGCUCAGCAGCAGAGGGGAGAGCGCUGUAGAGAAGCUCCAGAUGAUCUCCUCCAGCGAGGGGCCAAUCAGGAAGACCUCCUCAGAGUACAAGCUGGAGGGGCGGCUCGUCUCCUCCCUGAAACCCCUGGAGGGCACCCUGGAUAUCGGCAUGCUGUCUGGGCCAAGGACCUCCAAAACUGACACGUGCUUGUCCAAGAUGAUCAUUAGCCACCCCGACCAGGGCUUGGGAGCUCAGGGGCGCCAACAAAGCCAAACCGAAAAGCAGUUGCCAGUCCAGCAGCCGAAGGGUACCUCUGUAGGGAGCCAUGGACCACUCAGCUGUAGGAGCCCAAUCAAAGAGGAGCCCACCACUGGAAAAGAUAGUCCCACACUCACAAGCAAUCAGUGCAGUAGCAGUGCUGACAAAGGCCUCUUUAGAAUGGAUCUCUCUGGUGAAGCAACAAAGGGGCUGGCUAAGUUGGACACUGUAGACGUGUGUGGGAAGGUUGAGUCCAGGCCUGGCGCGAAAGCCAGCUUGAGCCUAGUGCACGAUCUGAGAGCCUCUCGCCCAAGUAUCCACUCCUCCUGUGGCAGAACCCCGUCCAUCCGAGAGGCCAGCAAUGAGGACCAGGAGGACGAACCAGAACAGCCUCAGGAAAUGGCUCCUCCACCUAAACCUGACAAUGUGGGUGAGGUCUCCAGCCAGCCCUCUGCAGCUAAGAGAACAGAGCUGGGAAGCCCUAAUGUGACACUGCCUGUGCAACAGACAACCCCUGAGGUCCAGUGUGGGGGUCAAAAUGCAGCUCCCCAGCCAUCAGAAAUGGUCAAGGAAAGUGCUGGCUCACAAUCGGAGCCAAGCUCCAGGAAACAGGGUACACUCACGUCUUCUACGUUACAUGGCAGUGUUGACGUAGAGCAGGGACUCCCUUCAAAACAUACAGCCGACCAACCAAAACAAAAACUGGGAAGCAGCACCACUGACGCUAAACCGAACACGCUGCAAAAUCCAUCGUCAAAUGUCCUGGCUUCCAGCUCAACAGACACUCCACAAACGCAGGGUGCGAAUGUGAUGGCUGCAAAUGUGGCUGUUGUGAAAGCGGACAGCAGCCUUGCUGGGGUGCCUGAUGGGAAGAAGUUCAGCACCUCCAAAAGCCCUGGAGACAAGGUGGAGACAGCCAGAGAGUCAUGUGCAAAGGGGGAGACAAAAGGCGAUAAGUCAGAGGAGAGCACUGUGCCAGCUAAGACAGAGGGACUGUUUAGGUGUGAUAAAAAGGCCAGUAAUCAGGCAGCCUCCAGUAAUGUGUCGAAGCAGAAUGCUGGUCCCACAUCACCAAAGAUAAAGGGCGUCUGCCCCACAGCUUCGGAAACUGAGCAGGAGCUGCUGAAAAAUAGGCCUGUGGAAACAAUUCAGACCAAGCAAUCCAACAAUAAAAUGGUCACUCCCAAUAAUGAAAACCAAAACCAGAAAAAGUUAACAGACUCAAAAACAAGUUUGCCUUCCAAUCCAGUGCAAGCUGUCAAACUGUCACAAUCAAGUAUAGAGACUAUAAAUCAGCCACGGUCUGGCACGAAGGAUUCUUUACCGACUGCAGAGCUAGUAAAGCAGGUACAGCCUGGUAUUAAAGAGUUCUCAAGUUCUGCACGGACAGUCAAACAAGUGCAGUCUGAUGUUAAAGAGACCUCAAGCCCUGUGCAGACAGUCAAGCAGGUACAACCUGCGAGUAAAGAGUCCUCAAGCCCUGUGCAGACAGUCAAGCAGGUACAACCUGCGAGUAAAGAGUCCUCAAGCCCUGUGCAGACAGUCAAGCAGGUACAACCUGCGAGUAAAGAGUCCUCAAGCCCUGUACAGACAGUUAAACUGGUGCAGUCUGGUAUUAAAGAGACCUCAAGUCCUGUACAGACAGUCAAGCAGGUACAAUCUGCUAGUAAAGAGUCCUCAAGUCCUACACAGACAGUUAAACAGGUGCUGUCUGGCAUUAAAGAGUCUUCAAGUCCUGCACAGACAGUUGAGCAGGUGCAGUCUAGCAUUAAAGAGUCCUCAAGCCCUGUACAGACAAUAAAACAGUCACAGUCUUUCAGUAAAGAGACCUCAAGCCCUGUACAGACAGUCAAGCAGGUACAACCUGCUAUUAAACAGGUGCUGUCUGGCAUUAAAGAGUCUUCAACUCCUGCACAGACAGUCAAGCAGGUGCAGUCUGGCAUUAAAGAGUCCUCAAGCCCUGUACAGACAAUAAAACAGUCACAGUCUUUCAGUAAAGAGACCUCAAGCCCUGUACAGACAGUCAAGCAGGUACAACCUGCUAUUAAACAGGUGCUGUCUGGCAUUAAAGAGUCUUCAAGUUCUGCACAGACAGUCAAGCAGGUGCAGUCUGGCAUUAAAGAGUCCUCAAGCCCUGUACAGACAAUAAAACAGUCACAGUCUUUCAGUAAAGAAACCUCAAGCCCUGUACAGACAGUCAAGCAGGUACAGCCUGCUAUUAAAGAGUCCUCAAGCCCUGUACAGACAAUGAAACUGGUACAGCCUGACAUUAAAGAGUCUUCGUGCUCUGUUCAGAUGAUCAAGCCAGUACAAUCUGACAUUAAAGAGUCAUCAAGCCCUGAACAGACAGUCAAACAGGUACAGCCUGUUGUUAAAGAGUCUUCAAGACCUUUGCAGACCAUCAAGCCGAUACAGUCUGGCGUUAAAGAGUUCUCAAGCCCUGAACAGACAAUGAAACAAUCACAAUCUUUAAGUAGAGAGUUCUCAAGCCCUGUACAGACAGCCAAACAGGUACAGUCUGCCAUUAAAGAGACCUCAAGCCCUGUUCAGACAGUCAAACAAGUACAGUCUGAUAUUAAAGAGUGCUCAAGUGCUACAUUGACUGUCGAACAGAUACAGUCUGGUAUGAAAGAGUCCUCAAGCCCUUUACAGACAAUUAAUCUGUCACAAUCUUUCAGUAAAGAGUCCUCAAGCCCUGUACUGACAUUGAAACAGGUACAGCCUGGCAUUAAAGAGUCUUCAAGACCUUUACAGACCAUCAAGCCAGUGCAGUCUGGCGUUAAAGAGUUCUCAAGCCCUGCACAGACAAUAAAACAAUCACAAUCUUUAAGUAAAGAGACCUCAAGCCCUGUACAGACACUGAAACAGAUACAGCCUGGCAUUAAAGAGUCUUCAAGCCCUGUACAGAUAGUCAAACAGGUACAGUCUGACAUUAAAGAGUCCUCAAACCCCAUGCAAACAGGAAAGCAGUCACAGUGUGGCAUGAAAGAUUCCGGAAGCUCCACACAGAACGUAAAACUGCCGCAGUCUGGCACGAAGCAAUCUUUAACUCCUGCAGAAAUGGUAAAACAGACACAGUCUUGUAUUAAAGAGUCCUCAAGUACUACACAGAUAAAGCAGUCUGGCUUGAUUUCAGGAAAACAAGCCCCUCUGUCCCAAGUAAAUCCCAAAAUCAAGCCUAGAGGAGAAACAUCUCCUGUUUCACACCCUGCUUGUAAAGCAGAAGAGGACUCUGGGAGAGGCAGGGCUAAAGUUCUGGAGCAGCCAAUAGUUAAAGAUGGCCUCAGUGCAAGACAAAAAGAGCCAACAUCCCAACACACCUCAGGCAGGCAGCAGACUCCCAGGGAGCAGGCGAAACCCAGCAGCAGUCAGACUGCGCCUCCCAGUGGUGCUUCACCGCCAAUGCAACCAGCACCAGCAGAGAGGAGAAAAGAAGCACACAAGCACAAUGAAGCACUUUCAGGCAGGCUCCACGUCGAUGCGGCAGAAGAGGGCGUUUCGCAUGCAGCCAAGGAGUGCCGCUCAAGGCAGCAGGCUGAAGGCCCCGGAGCGGAUUCUUAUAAGCAGACGGGGUUCGGAGGCGCAGCCCGAACUGAACUGAAACCAAGCGUGGGUGAAGCAAAGGCUGGAACCUCCGAGAAGCUGGUGUCUGGCGGCAAGAAAGAGCAGGGCGAAAAGAAAAGGAAAGAAUGUGAGCAGACAAAUUCCCUGACAAAGAACACUCGCAAAGACGCUUCAAAAACAGCCUCGGCAAAUGACACCACUGCUUUGGAAAAAGACUUUGUCCGUAGCAAACCAGCCAAGGAAUUGGCACGUGGCUCCACACUCAAAAAAACGUAAGAGGUACCUGAGCAGUAGCUGCCAGUUGUAUCGCACUGUGCUGUGUCUGAAAGAAGGCGGCCAUUUUGUUUUUUGGUUGUUUUUGGUGUGCAGUAUCAUUUUUGAGUUCUUUUGGAAAAAUCAUGUCUUUGUCGUUUCACAUGCCUUCUAUUUUUGAGAACCGGUGAAGCUGUUACCACAGUGUUUGUACAGCAUGAGAAAAGGUAUGUUUGUGUGUGUGUGUUUGUGUGUGAGAGAGCAGAUGUAUGGUAAAGGAGACUGCUUUAUAAAUAUCUGUCAAUAAGAAUUAUCAAAUCUAAGACUGAAUGUAGACAUAAUUUGCUGCUGAUUUGAAUCUUUCACCAAAAUGUUUUAUUUAUGAUGUUUCGACUAUAUUCCUGUCACAGUUCUUUUUUGACAAGUGUCAAAUCAGCAUUUUGGGAUGAAGGGUUAUAUUUUUAUUGACAGCAGAAGUUUGUGCAAUCAUUGUGAUAUCGUAGCGGCAUUUUGGAGAGGCCAUUUUAAAGGGUCAGUAGAUGAGUGUCAAUUUGGGUUUGUUUGGAAUUGCCCCCAGCACCAAACUAUAAAGCCAUCAGAAAUUGAAAAAAAAAAACAAAUGAAAAAACAGAAUGGUAUUCAUCGGCAGUCUUGGGAUUGACCAUGUGCGUACGGUUGUAAGCAAAUAAGUACAUUUCACCCUUGGAAUGGAAAGGUAGUCUAGCAUGUAAAUCAAAAGCGCUUAGCAUGUCAUUGAAUCAACCAUUUGAAGAGAACAUCAUCUUAGUGCUGAACACGCGCUAAGGACACUUCAUGCAGAUUACAGAAAAUGAAUGUCACCAAAAUGUUUAUUUUAUUAUUUGUUAGUGUUGUUUUUGUUUUUGGAUAGAGAGGGCGUGUGUUUUUGUUUUGGGUAGUGGUGCACAGAUGGAAUGCACUGAGUGCUGUGCUUCUCACCUAGAACUAUUUAAUAUGGAAUCAUCUUAUGGUUCUGGAAUUUCAUUGAGUCAUAUCUAGUGGAAGGGGCCUUACUGUUUGUGGGAAUUAUACUUGCUGUUUUUAGCAGGUUUUGGUGAAAUUCACAUUCCUUUCACAUACAUCUCUUUACAUUUCUAAAAAUUUCAUUUUUAUGCAAACUACUGUAAAUAUGAUAAAACUAACUGUAAAAAGGGGAUUAAUGGGCUUAAUCGUGAGUAUUGUUUGUUUUAUAUGUAUAUAUUUUGUUAGGUUGUAUGUUUGUAUACUCCAGAAUCUGUAACUAGUUAGGAGUCAUUUCCUCUGCUUGGCAGUGAGCUAAUGUAAUGUCUGUACAUGUUAAAAAAAGGCAUAGGGCAAGACAAGUAUCAUUUCUCUCAAGCUCAGUCUUUUUAACAAUUUAUAAUAUGUUGUGUUUUUACUUGAACUAAUGCAAGCUAGUGCACACAAACUUAGAUCAAAAGGGAAAACCUUCUUUAAAAAUGUAGCUUUGGAACAUAAGUCUAAGGGUAAAUGCUUGCCAGGAUGGUCUGAUGCCUCGGCUAUUCAUCCGUACAUUGGGAUGCCCCUAUUGUGGCCAUUGCCAGUUUAGCUGUGACGUUCAAAUUCCCAGUGAGAAAUUCUUGUUCCUUGUGACAGUGUGGGCAAAAACAGACUUUAUCAAUGGGAAAGGACUGCAAAAUAAAGUUCCAUAAGCUACAUGUUGGCAAAGGUUCAUAGGAGGCUCUUUUUAAAUCAGUCUAUUUUGGGGGGAAUGUUUCUCCCCUAUUUAAAAAUGUGUUUGUUUAGAUAUACAAAAUAGGAAAACACAUUUCUGUUCAUAGAUGCAAAGUUUAAAAAAAGGCUCAUUUAAAAUUCAGGAAUAACCUUCUAUCAAUAUAGAUUCAACAGUGUUUUCAUCAUAUAGAAUUUACUGUCUUAUCUCAUGUGAUUCCGUACAUGACAGGCAGUACUUAAAAAUACAAAAACAAAUGUAGUAAGAUGAAAAGAGAAAAACUGAUAAUCAUCAUAUCUGGACAGUGCAAACUCAUUUUAUUUACACAAGUAUUUAAAGUUUAAAAAGGAUAUGCAUGUUUAAUGUAAAACACUUCCUGCUGUAAACCUGCAGUGUUAGUCAGAUUCACUUUCUGGACGUGCAAUACAAAACUUAUUUUGUUUGGACAUUGCGACUGAAAAUGCUGCCAUAUUUUAUCCCAAUCACAUUUAAGAAAGGGUACUGAGUACAUGCAUAAGGCCAUACAAAUCAUGCUGUUUCCACAUUUUUAGAAUUGCCAGCAUGAUCAGAUGUGGUAGGAUAUGUCAUUUAAACAAACGUGAAAGGAUGCGAUUGUGAAUCUCUAAUUUGAUGGGCUUGUCAAACAACUAUCUUCCAUCUUCUUUUCAAUUCUGUCUCUUGAAAACAUCUAUGAUAAAGAUGCGCCCAUUCUUAAUCCAUUCUUCUUUGGCCUUUCUUAACCAAUGGCAUCACAUCAUCUUUUCAAACACUGUGUUUUUGUGAGAUUCUACUGCCAGGUUUCAGCAGGCAGUGUCAAACCUCUAUACACUGCAUACCCCUAAUUUGAGAAAAUGAUACUUAAAUUAUACUUACACUGUUGAUACCUGUAAUGUUGACUAUGCUGAAUCUUAUAGAUACUGCAUCGAAAAAAAUACUUUAUAAAUGUAUGCCUAUAAUUGGGAUAAAAUCUGUAGAAAUAGGAAAUAGAAUAUGUUAGGAAUUAACUACAUUAGUGAAAUAAUGCUCAGACACUGAAGUGUUUAAAAAAAAAAAAUUAAAAUGCAUUUUUACUAAUUAUUUCAUAGUAUUACCAUCAUGUAUUUUGUGAUGACAGGGAAGACCUUAUUUAAUGCACCUUAAGUAAAGUGAGAUUCCACCCACCCCUUUAAUGAAAUAUAUGGAAAGAGCAAAAUAGCAUUGUUGAAAUGAGGGGGACAAGUGUAGUAUCUUGUGCUGUUUUAUUGUGUAUACUCAUUCAUGAAUAACUAAAAUUAUGUUCUAAAAAAAAAAAAGAAUAAAAUAAAAAUCACAUGACUUGGAGCGAUGGAGCACCUGUCUGACCCCAUGCCUUUUCUCUGUUUUCUUCUGAAGGUCGACCCAUUUGAAUCCUUAAAGCACAUUCAAUGUUUGUUUACAGAUACUUCAUGGAUGUAUAUUUUGUAUAUUGUACUAUUAAUUUGCCAAAUCUAUGUGCUGCAUCACACAAAGUAAUAUGGUGAAUAGUAUAUGUAGCUUGUGCCUCAUCCUCCCAGCCAGGGCGUGCUGUAAAUGACUGUAAAGUCUAUGUGGUUGCCAGUUCAAAUCUGUGUAAAUUACCUGUCCGGUUCUGUAUGGUCUCUCGCUGUUUUUUUUUUUUUUUGUUUUUGUUUUUUCCUUCCAUUUUUUUGUUGUGUUUCAUUUGAUUUUCAUUUUAUGUGUGUGAACUAGUAUUAGAUGAAUUUGCUUAUUUACAGUGUGUCUUUUAGGAUCUGUGCAAUAAAGAAGUGUUUGCAUUUUGUAUUUUGCCCAAGGAAAGCUCUAUGGAUGUCAUAGAUGUUGUAUAUUAAACAGAUAUUUAUACUUCUAAAGUUGCAUAACACUAAAAAUAAAAAGCAUGACAAAAUUC